AGGAGUUAUUACGGUACCGUCGGUGGAAGCUGAGAGUAGAACUCAACUCUGACGGAGAAGACAUGAAAACCAACUGAGUCGCGGGGAAACGACCUUUACAGGACACGUUUCACUUGUUGCGCACUUGUUAUUUUCUCCCACUGGGACUGAAACAUGCGGCUCUGUGUCAUCCGCGGAUGUUCUGCUUCCGAGCUCACGGUUGGUCUGAAUUUCCUCCGAAUACCACGCGUGUGAAAGGAGCCAUAAAUUACCGGACAGCUGUGAAAGGUAUAUGAUCAGACAGGAGAAAGCUGUUAGAAACUCCAUGAGCUACACGUAGAGAACCCGAGCACUGAUGAAGAUGAAGAUGAUCUCGGUGGAGUCAGUGAGCGGCUGCAGGUCCCACAGAGGCGCCUCCGGCGGCUGGAGUUUUCACUACAUUCUCUACAGUGUUCUCCUCCUGGGCAGUGAGGAAAUGCAUGGACUCUCCGACUUCUCAACUUAUUUAUUCAGGAUCAUCAUCAGUCACUCAGCACAUGCCCGUGAUGGUGAGCUUCUGCUGCUUUCUUGUCCACGCCACUCCACCAUCUCUGUGCAGUCUGCCUUCUACAGACCUCACGCACCUCGCACAUACUGCAAUGCACCUACAGCACUGCAGAAGAUGCUAUCAGAAUGCCAAGACCGGAGAAACUGUCAAGUCUUGGUAAAUUACCGUCUGUUUGGCCUUGACCCCUGUCCUGGAACCACCAAACACCUUCAUGUGUCAUACAGCUGCAAACCCACUGAAAAUAAAAAUAGAACAAGAUGUGAGGGAGAUCAAAUGCUGCUUCACUGUAAGUACCCAAAGUUGCUGAACAUUUAUUCGGCUGUGUACGGGCGGGAACUGGGAGAGAAAGCAGCUUGUCUUACAGAGGAAGAGCAACCACCUCCCUUUGAGUGCUUGUAUCAUGGAGCCCUAGACACAGUAAAAAACCUGUGCUAUGGAAAGCAGCGGUGCCUUUUUAUCAUUAAUGAUCAACAAUUCAGAAAUCCCUGCAUGCCUGAAACAAAGAAGUACCUCAGUGUUGUCUACUCAUGCGUUCCACAGAGUUUACUUAAAGAGGCUGACCCCCAGUUUUUCCAAACUACCACAAUUCCCCAGAAAACAACCAGAGCUGUAUUCACAGGGAAACGUCCAGAUGUCAGGGAGUCUAGACUGCCAGAUAAAAAUGGCAAUCUUGUGAGCAACUCUCUUAUGGCAUAUGGAUACAUUAAAGAACAUCCUGAAAAGGUCGGCCUGCUUUUCGUCUCAAGUGUGUGUCUGGGACUGUUCCUUGUCUUACUGGCCAUUUCUAUGAGGAUAACCUGCACCAGGCAUCAUGAAGGAGUGAGCUGCCGAAACAAGAAGACGGUCACUGUGGAACCAAAAGAUGAAGACAAUGAUGAAGACAGCGAUGACGAAGAGUCAGAGCCAUUGAUGGACAGGUCAACGAUCUCCGAGGUAGGCAGGAAAGUGUAUUGUUGGGAAGAGGCGAUGUAUACGACCGAGGCAGCGGAACUGAUCGAGAGGUUGGAACGUCGAGAGAUGAUCAUCCAGGAGAUCAGGAUGAACGCAUACCUCAAUGGCACGUCCUGCACUCUGCACUGAUGCACACUGGCUGUUUUGCCAGCGAUGAAAUCAGAAUGUAGAAGUUUAAAGCAAAAAAUCCUCAGCCAGCCUGAUCACUGUGUGGUCAUUAAACAGUUAUUACUUGUGCAUCUUCUGCAAUUCAUUGUAUGCCUUUAUUAUUAAAAUAAGAGUUAUUUAAUGCUGAAUAAAAAAAAAAGACACUAAUAAA